AAGCUCUUUGUGCAGGUGAUGGAGACGAGCAAGACCAAGCUCGGGGCCGAUCACCCAGAUACGCUGACGUAUAUGGGCAACCUCGCUUUUACUUGGAAAAGUCAAGGUCGACACGCCAAUGCUUUAGCUCUGAUGGAGGACUGUGCCCAGGCUCAACGGCGGGUUCUUGGCCAAAAGCAUCCCGAUACGCUAUCGUCUUUGGCCACCGUUGCAAAUUGGACUAGCUAG